UUCAUCGGUGAAGUUCCCACGCAAAUAGUCAAGAUGUCUAAGCUGACAAUCUUAGCAGGCUUGUGCCUGGUGCUGUGCCAGUUUGGCGCUUCCACCUCAGUUUCCACCACAGCUGCUGCUUCUCCCAAAAUGGUGUGCUACUUCACCAACUGGUCUCAGUACAGACCAGACAAAGGGAAGUACAAGCCCGAGAAUGUGGACGCCCACCUGUGCACUCACCUGAUUUACGCUUUCUCCAUCCUCAACCACCGCAAUGAGCUGGUCACCUACGAGUGGAAUGAUGACGUCCUCUACAAGUCCUUCAACUCCUUGAAGACCAAGAACCCUCAUCUUAAGACUCUGCUGGCCGUCGGAGGAUGGAACUUUGGUUCUUCCCAGUUCUCCAUCAUGGUGAGUAAUGCUGCCAACCGUCAGACAUUCAUCCAGUCGUCCAUCAGCUUCAUGAGAACCCAUGGUUUUGACGGUCUGGAUCUGGACUGGGAGUACCCCGGGGCCCGAGGGAGCCCCCCGGAGGACAAGAAGAGGUUCACUCUGCUCUGCCAGGAGCUAGUGGCAGCCUACGCAGCUGAGGCCAAGUCCACCGGUAAUGCCCAGCUCAUGCUGACCGCUGCCGUGUCCGCUGGAAAGGGAACCAUCGAUGCUGGAUAUGAGAUUGCCGAGAUUGCCAAGUCUCUGGACUUCAUCAACGUGAUGACCUACGACUUCCACGGAACUUGGGAGGGAUUCACUGGACACAACAGCCCCCUGUAUCGCGGUGCUCAUGACGAGGGAGAGCUUAUCUACUUUAACACUGACUACGCCAUGAAGUACUGGAGAGACAAUGGCACCCCAGUGGAGAAGCUGAACAUGGGCUUCGCCACCUAUGGGCGUACCUUCCGCCUGACAUCAUCUAACACCAGCGUUGGAGCACCAGUCAGUGGCCCUGCCUCCGCCGGGCCCUACACCCGCGAAGCUGGCUUCUGGGCCUACUAUGAGAUCUGCACCUUCAUAAAUGGCGCAACAGUUGAGAUGAUUGCAGACCAGAUGGUUCCCUAUGCCUACAAGGGCAAUGAGUGGGUUGGAUUUGACUCCAGGCAGAGCUUUGAGACCAAGGUCCGCUACAUGAAGGACAACAAGUUUGGCGGUGCCUUUGUGUGGGCCCUGGAUCUUGAUGACUUCGCCAACCAGUUCUGCGCUGAGGGCAACCACCCUCUAUUGGGACAUCUGCGCAAACUUCUUGACAUCGUAUUACCCCCUCUGCCCCCUACCACCACCCCCAAACCUGGCUCAGUCACCACCACCCGCCCCACCACCACCACCGUCACCACCCACGCCCCUGGGACAGGUUUCUGCAACGGAAAGCCUGAUGGCAUCUACGCCAACCCAGACGACAUCACCACCUUCUACAUGUGCGCCCAUGGCCUCACCCACCUCAAAACCUGCAGCAACGGCUCGGUCUUCGACCCCGGCUCCAAGAUCUGCGUGUGGCCUUAAGCGCAUUGUAAGGAAGUUAGGGUGUGAAUUAGCAUCGCUAAUGCCAACGUUGUAUUUACCAACUUUAAAUUUGACUGCAAUGCCCCUUUAAUUUACUUAUGGAAAAUAAAUAUUUCAACAAUAUGAGGUCAAAAUAAGACUAGGAAAUGGUAAAAUGUUAUGAUAAUGCCCUUUAGUGUACACUUGGAAUUUCAGCCUGUUCAGAUGGGAUGGAGUUGUUGGUCCACAACUUGACAUCAAAAUCUGAUCUGAUUAUUCUGACCAAUGACCAGUCAUCUUUUAUUUGCAUAUGGGGUAAAUUGGGUAGGCUCUAGAUUCUAGACCAUAGAGAUUCUACUAAAUUAGUAUUUUAGUUUCGAAAUGUAUGGUCUUGAUGCUCCUAUCUGCCAAUCAGGGCUGUGUAUGUAAAUAUAUUUAAAUUUGUAUCAACACGCCCACAUGACCAGACUGAGUAUUUCAAAUGGAAAAGGAGGCACAGGGAAACAAUAUAUUUAGUUAUUUUAUUAGUUAUAUUCAUGAAAAACACAAUGAUUUAUUAUACAUACAGUGAGGAUUUGAAAAUGUAAUUAAAAAGACUGCAUCAGGGAUUUAAAGAUGCUAUAUUAAACUUUUUGGGUGACCCAACAAAUUCACAUAGAACUGUGAGUUAUAGAUCUGUUGUGCUCAUCUAAAGCAAGUCUAAGAAGUGGUAGAUCUGUUCUAUGUGUGAUAUUUCUAUACUUCUGAUGCACAAGUUUAGUUUUUGCGUCUUUUACUUUCGGUUUUGUACACCAGCUUCAUACAGCUGAAAAUAUAUUUCACAGUGGUUUAGAUGGUACAAUGAUUCUCUACACUAUACUUGCUUGUUUUGUCACAAACUGAAAUUAGGCAAACUUUUAGAAUUUUAGCAAUCAGGAAAUGGUGGAGCGAUUUUUGCAUAGUGCAUCUUUAAGUGUUACUGUGGUGCUAAAACAUGUUGUGUGGGAAGGGAAGAAUGUUGAAUGUAGACAGUAAUUGAGAUGCAAUUAGUUGAGUCUCGCGCUUAGUUUUGUAGAAGUGAAAACUGUUUUGUUUUGAAUGAGUUCAAAAAAUUAAAGAUUCUGCCUUAUCUUGUA